AUGUCUCUCCACACGCCCCUUUGCUCCCUUCUCAAAAUCCAACACCCAGUUCUCCUAGCUGGUAUGGCCCGCGCCUCAGGCGCUCCCCUUGCCGCCGCAGUCUCAAACGCAGGAGGUCUCGGCACAGUAGGCGGACUAGGCUACACCCCAGAGCAACUAUCGGAGAUGCUAACGGAGCUCAAAUCGCUACUCCGCGACCCAUCACUCCCAUUCGGUGUAGAUCUCGCCCUACCACAGGUAGGCGGAGGCGCGCGCGCGACAAAUCAUGACUACACGCACGGUAAACUGGACGAACUGAUCGAAGUGGCGAUCUCGCACGGUGCGAAACUCUUCGUCUCGGCUGUGGGCGUACCUCCCGAGAGGACUAUUAAGCGGCUCCAUGAGGCUGGGAUACUUAUUAUGAAUAUGGUCGGGGCGCCGAAGCAUGCGGAGAAGGCGCUCCAGCGUGGAGUUGAUAUUGUCUGUGCGCAAGGUGGUGAGGGGGGUGGGCAUACCGGGGACAUUCCGUUCUCAGUGCUGAUUCCUGCUGUUGUGGAUGUUGCGAAGAGGUAUAAGAGUCCUUUGACAGGGUUGCCGGCGCAGGUUGUUGCGGCGGGUGGUGUUAAUGAUGGGCGCAGUCUUGCGGCGUCGUUGAUGCUUGGUGCGUCGGGGGUGUGGGUUGGGACUCGCUUUGUGGCGUCGGAGGAGAGUGGUGCCAGUCGGUUGCAUAAGGAGGCUGUUGUUGGGGCUCAGUAUGGAGAGACGAAACGGACGCUGGUUGUUUCCGGGCGGCCGUUACGUAUGUUGCCAAAUGACUAUGUUAAGGAGUGGGAGAGUCGGCCUGCUGAUAUUGCGGAGUUGACUGCCAAGGGUAUUGUGCCCAUGAUGCAUGAUUUGGAAAAUGAGAAGGACGUCGAUAUGCCUUUCUUGAUGGGAGAUGUCUCAGCAGGCGUUAAAGAGAUCAAACCGGCUGGUGUGAUUGUGAAGGAAAUGGUUCAGCAGGCCGUGGAUGUUCUUAAGACGGGCAAUUCGUAUAUCACUGGCGGACAGUCUAGUAAGCUAUAG